UGAUCCACCCAGAUCUGAUGUGCUACUUCCUGUGAGCGGUGAAGCAGAAGAAGAGCAGCAGGCAACCGCGGACAAUCCUGGGAUUCCUGUGCACAGACAUUUGAUCCCUCAUAUUAUAAACCUAUGAGGGUGUUUGUUGUGAGAGCUGGGGAUCAUGGCCAAUAAGAAGAAGGUAAUAGUGACAGGUUUUGAGCCUUUUGGAGAGCAUGCAGUCAACUCCAGCUGGGUGGCAGUGCAGGCGCUGGAGCGAUUAGGUCUGGGUGAGGCCGUAGAGCUGCAUGUGUGUGAGGUGCCUGUCGAAUACCAGGCUGUUCAGAGUCUGCUGCCGUCACUGUGGAGAGAGCGCCAACCACAGUUAGUCGUCCACGUUGGUGUUUCUGGAUUGGCGACCACGGUCACUCUCGAGCAGUGCGGCCACAACAGGGGCUACAAACGCCUGGACAACUGCAGCUUCUGCCCGUCCUCACAGUGCUGCAUGGAGGACGGCCCCGACUGCAUAAGCUCAGUGUUGGACAUGGAGACAGUCUGCAAACGGGUCAACAAUUCAGACAUCGGGGUUGCUGUGUCAGUUUCCAAAGAUGCUGGAAGGUAUCUGUGUGACUACACCUACUACACAUCUCUGUACCUGGGGCAGGGCCACUCUGCCUUUGUCCACGUGCCUCCGCUAGGGAAACCCUACAGCAGCCAGGACCUGGGUCGAGCUCUGCAGGCCGUCGUACAGGAGAUGCUGAACCUGCUGGAGCUGGACCACACAGAGGAGGAGACACACAAACACAAUCAUCACUGCAAUCACAAGCAUCAACACCAGCAUGAGCACCAAUGACCUCAUCACAACCUGAGCAGACUCAGAUUCACAUGAGCAAGAUGGACCACUGGCUUGUAGUAACGGUUUCAUCAAUAUAAAUGUAAAGGCACAUUUUGAUUUGGUUGUGUUGCUUAGAAAAUGUACAAGCUGUGACUUUUACACAACAAACUGACUGACGACACCAUCUGUUAUUGUUGUUUUUGUGUGUGACUGUGGGUUUGAAUGUGUCUACUACAGUUUAAUGAACACAAGUAGUUGACAUCAGUGAGUUUUUGUCAGCCCCAGAUCUUCUAAAAGACUGUGAAAAUAGACUUCACUACUUAUUGUAAAGGGGAUUUUGUUUUCUACUAUAAUAACAUGUAUCACCCAUAGCAGCCAACUUAUACGAUAGUGUCUAGAACACUAAGUUAUAUGGUGACACAUUGUGGGAAUUCUUGCACUAACAUCUCUCCACUUUUCAAAAUCCUCCCUGUAUGAUUUUGGAGUUAUGCUGUCAUUCACUGUUGUUGCUUGUGUUUGCACCAGAGAAAUGAGAUGACUAAGAAAUGAAGGGAACUCGGAAGAAAUGUAAAGAUUCACACUUGUUUAUCUCAGGGAAUAUAUUGCACUUGCAAUUUGUGCUUGCAGUUGGAUUAACUGGAUGUGUCCGUCCUGUGCGUGUGUAGUGCAGCUUUGCAAAGCGAAGCCACCUAAAAUCUGUGUAUAAUUAAAACACUUUGCUCACA